ACUCCAAGCUCGCCCCCUAUAAAAACCAACGAACAUCUCAAUCCAAAGCUCCAUUCCGUUCCAUUGCUUCGUUCGUCUCGUUUAGACUUCCGAUUCUCCACAUUAGCAGCUCAGGACUUGAUCAGGAGCAGCAAUCCAGGAAAUAUGUUGGCCAUCUUCCAGAAGCAGGUGGCGCACGCGCCGCAGGAGCUCCACAGCCCGCGCGCCGCAGCUCAGAAGCCCAGCAAGAACCCCGACGAGAUCCUCCGCGACUUCCACUCCGCCCACCCUUCCGCCGCCUUCUCCGUCUCCUUCGCCGGCGGCGCCGCCCUCGCCUGCGUCUCCUCCACCCCCCAAAGGAUGUUCUGCGGGCUGGACGGGAUCUACUGCGUCUUCACGGGCCACCUGGACAACCUGAGCAGCCUGGCGCGGCAGUACGGCAUCUCCGGCCGCACCACCAACGAAGCCCUCCUCGUCACCGAGGCCUACCGCACGCUCCGCGACAGGGGCCCUUACCCCGCCGACCAGGUCCUCAAGGACCUCUCGGGCUCCUUCGCCUUCGUCCUCUUCGACACCAAACCCGCCGCCACCACGGGCGCCGCCGGCGCCGUGUUCGCGGCGCAGAGCACCGACGGCGGCGUGCCGCUGCACUGGGGCGUGGCGGGGGACGGCUCCGUGGUCAUCUGCGACGACCGGGACGCCGCCAAGGCCGGCUGCGGCAGGUCCUACGCGCCGUUCCCGGCGGGCUGUAUGUUCCACAGCGAGGGCGGGCUCAAGAGCUUCGAGCACCCCAUGAACCGGCUCAUGGCGAUGCCCAGGGUGGACAGCGAAGGGAUGAUGUGUGGAGCGAACUUCAAGGUGGAUGCGUUUGCCAAGGUUGGGGCGAGCAUGCCCCGCGUCGGGAGCAACGCCAACUGGGCCGCCGCCUGGGACGAGUGACGCCGCCGUCUGAAUCUUCUGAUCUCUCUCUCACUCGCAAGCCACGGCUAGCUUGCCGUCCCCGGCGACGGCGACAGUAGCGUCUGUGUUUGGAGCUUCAUUUUCUUUCCUGUUGUGUUUUUUUUUUGUUUUCUCUGUUUGCAGUGGUGUACAUUCUGAUCUGAUAUGGCCGACGAAUAACAAGGCUUCGCUUGCUUGCUUGUAGCUCAGUAUUGGAAGUGUUUGGUGCCCUGUAGCUUACCUCCGUAUUGGAAUACUUUGCUUGUUCCAUUGGUGCUCA